CCUGUCAUCAGGAAGACAAGUGGUGGGCGAGGCUUACAGUCGCACCUAGCUGGCUGAGAGCCUCCACCCUGCCGGUGAACGUAAACUUUCAGUAGUUGGAAAACAUUCUGCGCAUCUCCGGGUCAGCUGGACAGGGUUCUGGAGCCAGAACCAGAACUCUCCGGAUUGGACCGGAACCACCUGCUGGUGUCCGCUCAGAACCCAGCUGUUUGUUGGAACUCUGGAUCCCGCCAUGAGGGGGCGCUCUGCUGGUCUGUCUCUCCUCCUCCCCCUCACCAUCUUCAGCCUCUUCAUUGGAAGAGUGUCGGGGUUCAAGAUCUGCUCGUACAACGUGCAGAAUUUUACUCUCUCCAAAGCAUCUGACCUACGAAUGUUGCACACGUUUACACGGGUUGUGUCUCGCUGUGACAUCUGUCUCUUGCUGCAUGUGGUCGAUCCAGACAGGAAGGCCAUCAAAGCUCUCCUGUCGAACCUCAGCAGGUACAAUCGUGAUCGUUACCUUUCGGUGGCCAGUGAAGGUCUGGGGAACUCUCCCGGUGACAUGCAGCAGUACGUGUUCAUCUACAGAGCCCACAGCGUGAAGGUGACGGGUCAGUAUCAGUACACAGGACAGCCCUUCGUCAGGCCGCCGUUCGUGGUUCGAUUCAGCAGCAACAAAACGGCCAUCCCGGAGUUUAUCCUGAUCCCGCUGCACAGCGACCCAGACCAGGCUGUCCAGGAGAUCGAUGGGCUCUAUGACGUGUUUGUGGAAGUCAGCACCCAGUGGAACAACACGAAUGUGAUGUUCCUGGGUGACUUCCACGCCGGCUGUGCCUAUGUGACUCGGAGCGACAGGAAGGAUAUCCGACUUUACUCAGAUUCCAGUUUCUCCUGGUUGAUCGGAGACCGAGAGGACACCACAGUUAAUGACAUCACCAACUGUGCAUUUGACAGGAUCGUGGUGCACGGACAGACGUUCCUAAAGGCGAUCCAACCAUUUUCUGGCAAAGUCUUUAACUUUGGUCGAGAGUUCAAACUCCCACAGAGAAAAGUCCUGGAGAUGAGCGACCACUUCCCAAUAGAGGUGACACUAAAAAGCCCCGCCCUCCUUCUUCAGGCCACGCCCCCGCUGAUCUUCCUCUGCAUCUCUGUGAUCGUGCAGUGCUUCCUCUGAUCUGUGAUCGUCUGAUUCGGUCCUGAAAGUUGAAACUCUGAAAAAUGUUUUUUUUUUUCCUGCUCUGAUU